AUGGCCCAGGCGGGCGAGGAGGGCCCGGGCCUGAGCCCGGCGGUGCAGAUCCGCGUCGCCAUCCAGGAGGCCGAGGACGUGGAGGAGCCGGAGGACGAGGAGGAGGGGACCGAGGCGCGCGGCGCGGGGGACCCGGCUCGGUACCUGAGCCCCGGCUGGGGCAGCGCCAGCGAGGAGGAGCCAGCCGCGGGCGAGAGUGGCACCACAACAAGUGGGGGCGAGAACGAGCAUGAAGACGGGGAGCAGGAGUGGAAGCCCCCAGACCAGGAGUUGAUCAGGAAGCUGGUGGAUCAGAUCGAAUUCUACUUUUCUGAUGCAAACCUGGAGAAGGACGCCUUCCUGCUAAAGCACGUGAGGAGGAACAAGCUGGGGUAUGUGAGCGUCAAGCUACUCACGUCUUUCAAAAAGGUGAAACACCUGACCCGGGACUGGAGAACCACAGCACACGCCUUGAAGUACUCGAUGAGCCUCGAGUUGAAUGAGGACCACCGGAAGGUGAGGAGGACCACCCCCGUCCCGCUCUUCCCCAACGAGAACCUGCCAAGCAAGAUGCUCCUGGUCUACGAUCUCUACCUGUCCCCCAAGCUCUGGGCCCUGGCCACGCCCCAGAAGAAUGGAAGGGUGCAGGAGAAGGUGAUGGAACACCUGCUCAAGCUCUUCGGGACCUUCGGAGUCAUCUCGUCAGUGCGGAUCCUCAAGCCCGGGAGGGAGCUGCCCCCUGACAUCCGGAGGGUCAGCAGCCGGUACAGCCAGGUGGGGACCCAGGAGUGCGCCAUCGUGGAAUUCGAGGAGGUGGAGGCGGCCAUCAGAGCGCAUGAGUUCAUGGUCACGGAAUCUCAGGGCAGGGAGAACAUGAAAGCCGUCCUGAUUGGGAUGAAGCCACCCAAAAAGAAACCUCCCAAAGACAAGAACCAGGAUGAGGAGCCCACCGCGAGCAUCCACCUGAACAAGUCCCUAAACAAGAGAGUCGAGGAGCUUCAAUACAUGGGUGACGAGUCUUCUGCCAACAGCUCCUCCGACCCCGAGAGCAACCCCACGUCCCCCAUGGCCGGCCGGCGGCACGUGGUCACCACCAAGCUCAGCCCUGCUGGCCACCAGAAUCUCUUUCUGAGCCCCAACGCCUCCCCCUGCUCCAGUCCCUGGAGCAGCCCCUUGGCUCAACGCAAAGGCGUUUCCAGAAAAUCCCCUCUGGCCGAGGAAGGGAGGCUGAACUGUAGCGCCAGCCCUGAGGUCUUUCGCAAGUGCACGGAUUAUUCCUCCGACAGCAGCAUCACUCCCUCCGGCAGCCCCUGGGUUCGGAGGCGCCGCCAGGCCGAGAUGGGGACACAGGAGAAGAGCCCCGGGGCAAGUCCCCUGCUGUCUCGGAGGAUGCAGACUGCCGAUGGGUUACCUGUGGGGGUGCUAAGGUUGCCCAGAGGCCCUGACAACACCAGAGGGUUCCACGGAGGACACGAGAGGGGCAGGGCCUGUGUAUAA